CGCACUUUGACAUCAUGCUGUUGUUUGAUAUUACCGUCAGGUAUUAAACUAUUUUUGACACAAGGUUUAUAGAUUCUGUGUAAUCGCUGUCAAAGCUGAGAAAGAAAGACGAAUCUAGAUGUGGAAUAAAACACAAACAGAUCUGUGACUUCCUGAAGUGUCUGUCUGCUGCUGCUCGCGCUCAGAUUUCCGACCCGCAUGGCCCGCCUCAGCCAGAAGUACAUAUCCCUGAACUCUCCAGAGGAGAAUGACGAAACUAGGAGUGAAGAAUUUGAGUCAGGACUUCUGCCAGACCUCCACAACAACAAGAACCAUCCCACAACCUUUUCAAGGACAUCAGAAGAAUGUCACAUGAUCCACCAACAUGAUGCAGUCAGCUACAAUAAUUUACCACACCAUCUGUUCACAAAAUACGCCCAUCAGACACCCUACCCCAGCUGGGAGGAAUCCGAAAAAGCCAAUCCUGACGUCUGGCAGUACUCAAGUUACAGUUUAGCACACAGAUCUGGGUCUCCUCAGAGUCUACCCUCUUGCAUCUACCAGACACUCUCAGAUGGUGGUUCUUUCUAUCCCAGCAGACCUCACUCGCUUCCAGGCAGUUGUAGUCUGAGUCUCACUGGUCUAGAACAACCUAGACCUCUUCAUUCAAUUCCUCCAUCAGCACAUUUACACACUCACCUCUCGCCCUCUUACCCCGGUCCAUACCUCCAUCCACCGUGCUGCAGUCAGCAUGGUCCACCUCAGCACCAUGUGGCUCCUGUCCAUCACUGCAGCUCCAGGCCUGGACAUCACCUGCCAUACAGACACUCAGGCCCGGCACACUACAGACAAGUGGAUACAGGCUUUUCUGAAGACAGUUAUGCAUCUCCAAAAUCCAAACAGGCCGGUCCUGGCAUCACUUACCUUUCUCAAGAGCAGAGGAAAGUUUUUGUCACAUAUGAGGCCGACAAUGAAGAGCAUUUGAAGGAAGUCAUCAAGUUUGUAGCUUUGCUCAGAAACAACGGCUUUGACACUCACAUUGAUGUUUUUGAGCAACAAUUGAACAGCAUCAGUAAAAUCGACUGCAUGGAGAGAUACCUGAAUGAGAAAGACUACCUGAUUAUCAUCAUCAUUAGCUUGAGGUAUUACGAGACCAUAACAGGCAUUAAUAUGAAUAUGGACAAUGAUGAGCGGACAUCAGACACGGUCUACAUUCACAAACAGCUACAAAGUGAAUUCAUUCAGAACGGCUGCAGGAACUACAGGUUCAUUCCAAUUCUCUUCCCUGGAGCCAAGAAGAGUUAUGUUCCCACUUGGCUGCAGCAUACUCAUAUCUACAGCUGGCCCAGAGAUCGAGACGAUAUUCUGCGCAGGUUAAUGCGCGUGGAGAAAUAUAAUCCGCCUCCGGUCGGCCCUUUGCCCACGAUUGUUUCAAUUCCCUUGUAGCAUCAAUAGGCAAGAGGUUCUUACAUCAUGGAAAUACCUGGACUGUGUUCGGAAUAUCAUACCACUUGUACUAUUUCUGCUGUAUGUAGUACAUAUUUUGGGCCUCAUUCGUGAAACAUGAUUACAGUUAAUUUCUGUGUAAAUUAAUAAUUUGUGAAAUCAUUCUUAUGUAAAAUCACUCUACAAGUACUGUGCAGUUUGAAAAGUCAUUCAUUGUUAAUUUACAUUAAAUGUGGAAUCUGGUGUAGAAAGAUCAGUCAGAAAUGAAUAAAUUAUGAGUCUUUAACAAAUGAUAGCUUUGAUAAUUUUUUGAACUCUAUUUUGUGAAUCAAAACAGCAUUUGAUGAUGUUUCUAUUUAACUGUGAUUUUUUAGAAAAUGAAACAUUUUUCAUAGAGUAGUACAACUGAAGUCAGAAGUUUAUAUACACCUUAGCCAAAUAUAUUUAAACUCAGUUUUUCACAAUUCCUGACAUUUAAUCAUAGAAAACAUUCCCUGUCUUAGGUCAGUUAGGAUCACUACUCUAUUUUAAGAAUGUGAAAUGUCAGAAUAAUAGUAGAGAGAAUGAUUUAUUUCAGCUUUUAUUUCUUUCAUCACAUUCCCAGUGGGUCAGAAGUUUACAUACACUUUGUUAGUAUUUGGUAUCAUUGCCUUUAAAUUGUUUAACUUGGGUCAAAUGUUUUGGGUAUCCUUCCACAAGCUUCUCACAAUAAGUUGCUGGAAUUUUGUCCCAUUCCUCCAGACAGAACUGGUGUAACUGAGUCAGGUUUGUAGACCUCCUUGCUCGCACACGCUUUUUCAGUUCUGCCCACAAAUUUUCUAUCGGAUUGAGGUCAGGGCUUUGUGAUGGCCACUCCAAUACCUUGACUUUGUUGUCCUUAAGCCAUUUUGCAACAACUUUGGAGGUAUGCUUGGGGUCAUUGUCCAUUUGGAAGACCCAUUUGCAACCGAGCUUUAACUUCCUGGCUGAUGUCUUGAGACGUUGCUUCAAUAUAUCCACAUAAUUUUCCUUCCUCAUGAUGCCAUCUAUUUUGUGAAGUGCACCAGUCCCUCCUGCAGCAAAGCACCCCCAAAACAUGAUGCUGCCACCCCCAUGCUUCACAGCUGGGAUGGUGUUCCUCCAAACAUAACGAUGGUCAUUAUGGCCAAAAAGUUCAAUUUUUGUUUCAUCAGACCAGAGGACAUUUCUCCAGAAAGUAAGAUCUUUGUCCCCAUGUGCACUUGCAAACUGUAGUCUGGCUUUUUUAUGGUGGUUUUGGAGCAGUGGCUUCUUCCUUGCUGAGCAGCCUUUCAGGUUAUGUCGAUAUAGGACUCAUUUUACUGUGGAUAUAGAUACUUGUUUACCUGUUUCCUCCAGCAUCUUCACAAGGUCCUUUGCUGUUGUUCUAGGAUUGAUUUGCACUUUUUGCACCAAACUACGUUCAUCUCUAGGAGACAGAAUGUGUCUCCUUCCUGAGCGGUAUGAUGGUAUGUGGUCCAAUGGUGUUUAUACUUGCGCACUAUUGUUUGUACAGAUGAAUGUGGUACCUUCAGGCAUUUGGAAAUUGCUCCCAAGGAUGAACCAGCCUUGUGGAGAUCCACAAAUUUUUUUUCUGAGGUCUUGGCUGAUUUCUUUUGAUUUUCCCAUGAUGUCAAGCAAAGAGGCACUGAGUUUGAAGGUAGGCCUUAAAAUACAUCCACAGGUACACCUCCAAUUCAGUACACCUCCUAUCAGAAGCUAAUUGCCUAAAGCUGCUUAACUUAUUGUAUGUAAACUUCUGACCCACUGGAAUUAUGAUAUAGUCAAUUAAAAGUAAACAAUCUGUAAACAAUUGUUGGAAACAUUACUCAUGUCAUGCACAAAGUAGAUGUCCUAAAUUACUUAUUAAUAUUAAAUCUGUGGAAUGGUUAGAAAAUGAGUUUUAAUGACUUCAACUUAAAUGUAUGUAAACUUCUGACUUCAACUGUAUAUUCUUCUUUCUUAUUUUUAAAUAAAUAUUUCUUAUCUUUAUCAUUUUGGUACUGCAAACAACAAUUAUGCACAUGCAGAUCUGUUCUCUGUGCAAAAUGUCGAAACAUUUUUAAUUGGAUUGCUUAAGAAAUAAUCAGAAAGACUGUAUUUAAACUCUUGCCUUUUAAGCUGUGUAUCAUUUACACCAUGCACUGUCUGAAAAUAU